AUAACCCCCUACUCAGCUGUACUAUACCUUAGGCUUUAGCUUCCAAAUUUCAGCUUUUUCUUCUUCACCUUUUGGGCGACCAUUUAUGGGCUUACAGCUUUGAUGGCAUCAUUGCUUACGAUCACGAUCAAUCUGACGUCAAGUACACUCGCCUAGACUGAAAUUCGCCAAAUCUCUUUCUGCCUUUCGCAACUAUGUUCGAACCUGAUCGUUCGCUGUUGAAUCCAAAGUUUAACAGUUACGUACUUCAUUCCUUGGAUCAAGACAAGGCCAUCUCGAGAUAUCCGCUCAGUAACAAAUUAUCUCAGACAAACAUCUCUGGUCGCUCGCCCCUAUCCUUCCAGGAGGUCCAGAGUCGGAUUCGUCACAACCACCUUACCGUAGGACCCAAUGGUCGAGCAGUGUAUGUGGACUCGGACUUCAAGUUGAUCGCUGCCGAUGUCGACGAGGCUACGCUCGUGCCGAGCUUUCAUACACUUUAUGAGCUGCCUCGUCCAAUCCAGGCAUCCACAGUGGACUCACCUCAUCGUGAAUACCCAUCUGCUGCUUUCAUCAAUGUGGACAAUCUGCUGGUCUCGGAUGGAUACGGCAGUAUCUACGCCAUUCACGUACCUCAAUCAGGGCCAGCGAGAGUAAUCAACUCCUACGAGUUAUCAAUACCAGAGGUUUAUGAGUCCGCACAAAGCAGCGUUCCAUUUCGGUUGCAUCGUGUUGGUCAAACCUCCGAGGGAACGUGCCUAGCUAUUUUGUCUUCCAGGCAUUACAGCAAUUCAUCGUCUACAAGCUCAAAAGGCAAAGUCUCGAACGCAAAGUUUGACGUAUGGGGCGUCAGCAUCGAUUUGGAAGCAAUGUCACAAGAUCAGUCUCUGCAGCUGGACAUCGUAUGGCACAGGCGAGGAAAUGACGUCCCUAUCUUUGUUGCCUACGACGAUCCUCGCAAGGCAUUUAUGCUUUUGGGAAGCAAUCCUUAUCGAGCGAUCGACGUUGCAGCUCCAGCUACGUAUGAACCUGCUCCGGAUGAAAUCGCACCUAUACCUCGUGCUGGGGAGAGCUUAGAUGCUCGCCCAAGUGAAGACAUCCUAUCGCUCACAAGACCUCCCCCGUACUCGUGGACUCAGACAUCUGAUUCUGUGACGGUCGCCUUCCCUCUUCCAUCCGACACACCAAAGAAUGCGAUCAGAGUGACGUUCUCUCCUCGCACAUUGACCGUCCUCGUGCAGAAAGAAGACACUGAUGACGCACUCUCCAUCCCUCUUCCUCACUACACGGCCAAGGUUCUAUGGGAUGGUAUCCAGCCUUCCGCGAGUUUCUGGACGUGGGAUCGUCAAGCAGAACACUCUUUCGGCCUCCUCACAUUACAUCUUGACAAACAACAUGAAGGCACGCGGUGGGCCCAAGUCUUUGCAUUGUCUGGAACCAGGCCUGCAGGAGAUACUUCAGAAGAUGACGUCGAAGUGCCAGAAACCCUGGACCCCUCAGAACUCUACCUGAUCCGGGAGUCAUUGGAAAAAUACACGGCUGCGUUGCAGAAGGGUGAAGACGCGAGCGGGUUGGGGUUAGGGCGUGGUGUACCCAGUCUAGGAGAAGGUGAGAUGGACCCGGAGAUCGACUCUGCCGAUGCGAAUACGGUUUGCGUUACGUGGGUUGGUGUGGAUGGAAGCGUGCCGUCUUGGGAACGUUCGCUGGAUGCACCAUUCACUUUGCUUUCUACUCCGUUCCCGAGCUCACCGGCCCCCCAACCCACGCUGAUUGUGAAGAACGGCGUCGAUGGAGUGUUGUUCACGUUGAGCGAGGCGAGUAGUCCUUCGGACCCACCAGAAUGGAAACACACAUCGACCUUUUCGGCAUUGUCAUUUGUACUCGCUUCAAAGCGGGACACCCGCUUCGUCCACCAUGUAUCUGAUCAAGCAGUACUCGCGUUCGAGAGUGGCACCCGAGGGAAUGUUUAUAUCUAUCGAAACACUGCCGGCAUCCAUGAUCCAGUGGCCAAACAGGCCGUCCUCAAGAUCGGCGGAGGAGCAGGAGGAUCAUUACUGGGUGUCGGCAUGAUGCACACCAAAGUUGGGAAGCCAAUUAUUCUAUGUCUUUGCGAAGGAGAAUGGAUUGUAGCGCACGAUGUAUUAUAGAUACAAAGUUCGAACUCUAACUUGGAAUCACAGUGCAUACAUGGAAGUGUUUGACUUGAAGUACUUAAAUACAGGAAAUGUGUAUGAAAAAAAAGGAUCGUACACGUAU